AUGAGCAUGACUGUAGAAACUGAUUUAGGGCGCUCGCCACUGUCCCGACUUACUAAUGAAUCUCGAAAUUUACUAUCCUCUCUGCUUAACACAAAAAAGAUACUUCCGUGUAUUUGUCCUGAUCAAAUUAAGCGUCACAGAGAUUGGAGGGGAGUAGCAUCACUUGCCAAUAUUUCAUCUGAAAUAGCAGCAAACAUAAAAGAAUACAAUGAUAAGACCGGCAGAGUCUUAGAUUUAUGGAUACAGCGUAGUGAUGGCACAAGUACUGUGGCAAAGUUGCUAGAAAUAUUGCAAUGGAUAGACCGAUAUGAUGUUCACGAUGAUUUAUUAGAACUAGCCAGGAAUAAUCAACUCUUAGCCCAACCUGUAAAUGGUGUGCAGAUUCAUGGUGGUGUACCACAUGUCACAGGGGACAAUGAAGAAGAUCUCAUUACUUUUGAGGAUAAACAAUUUGGAACACCUCAACAUUAUCAUGCCUUUGUGCUGUAUGCAGAGGAAGACAGUAAUUUUGUUAAAAAUGAACUUCUCACGCGAAUGAGAAAUGAAGGAUUUAGAAUGUGUAUUGAAGAAGACCUUCUCCCAGGACACAAUACCCGAUUUGCUGCUGUGGCUCGUCUAUUGACAGAGAGGUGUCGGAAAAUAAUUCUCAUAUUCUCUCCAGAUUUUCAUGUCAGCCCUGCUAUUAGGUUUUACACAAACUUGGCUCAGGCUGAUGGUAUUGUGAAACGAGAGCUCAAGUUACUGCCUAUAGAGCUAGUUCCGACGGUGUUGCCGGCGAACCUGAGGCACUACUUCUGUCUCAAAUACUCCACAGAAUUGUCCAAUAUCUGUAAUUUUUGGGUGAAGCUCCAAAUGUCUUUAGAAUCCAAAGAGUUGCCUAGACUGCACUCAACGUCAUCGGCCCACUCGGCCAUCAACAUCACGGAGAUCACGGAGCAAGCUAUCGACGCUCCUCCGUCUAAGGAUUACUUAGCUCUGCCGAGCGUUCCCAGGACGUCUUCCUCCCUCACCGGCCUAGACUCGAUCAACGUCGAUUACAGAAGUCGCAUACAGACGCACGACACGAAGUCCCUCUCGCCCUCGAGCGAGAAAAAGAAGAAAAACGGUUAUUUUACGAAUAUUUUCAAUAAGCUUAAAGGUAAGAAGCACAAAAAGGCAAUUAUGCUACCGAACUGA